CCUCCCCCUCCACCCACCGCCACCAAUCCUCCUCACCCCACCUCAGCCAGCUCCACCUCCACCUCCACCCCCGCCUUCAUAGCCAGAAUCCCCCCUCCCGCCUCUCCCUCCUCCGCUCCCUCCCACUCCGCCCCGCCUUGCCAUUCCCCCCCCCCCCCCCCCCCCCCCCCCCCCCCCCCCCCCCCCCCCCCACAAUGGCGACGACGGCGGCGGUGGCAACAACAGCGGCGGCCGCGGCCGCCGCGAAACAGGGGACGGCGGCGGCCAGUGCGGAGGCGCUGUUCGUGCUGGCGCGGGCGGGGAGGAAGCUCUCCAGCCUGCCGGCGGACGUCACCGCGGCCUUGGAGGGCGGCCGCGUCACGGGCGACAUCGUGCGGUGCUUCGCGGAGAUGGAGCGAUCGUCGCUGCUCCGCUGGCUGCUGGGCUUCAGAGGGUUCAGCGAGUACCUCCUCGCCGACGACCUCUUCCUCGCCAAGCUCGCCAUGGAGAUGGGCAUCGGCAUGAUCGCCAACGUCUGUGGGAUCGACAUGGAUGAAUCAUGAAUGCUUUCCAACUUAUUCUUAAUGGAAUCGUGUUUUAAUUUGUCUGACCCUUUUUUGUUGCUGCUCUGUUUGUUUCAUACCGCUGUCGACUACGAGAAGAGACGGGAGAACUUCGUCAAAUAAAUUGGCAUCGUCAUCACUGAUGUGAUGGGGAUAGUGUAAACCUCCAACAUCCCUGCACCGGCGUCGUGUAAACCUCCAACAGAAGAUUCCUUCAGCUGGGGAUAGUGUUACCCAUGAUCCGGUGGCACACAUACAUGUUUCUUCAGUAGGGUCUGUGCAAUGUACUGCUUUUAGCAACAUAACCAACACACAUACAAAUGGGUGUACAUCUACAAGCUCCGUGAGUCAUCGUCUCGAAGAAGUAAAUGGUGGCUGAAAAUUAAGAAGUGGCACCAGUUGGUAUGUCGGCCUAUCCAAAGAACAGAGGGCAGAGUGCUUAAAUAAGCAACGGAUUGCGCGGGUAAAAGAAAAACAUGCCUCAAACAAAGAUAAUGUCGAUGUCACCCAUAAUUCCUCUUUUCCAAUUGGUAAGAUGAACUCCAAAUAGGAGAUACAAAUGGACCAUCUUCAUUCUAAAAUAUGAGUUGGUCUACUAUUCUGAUGUACAGGUGCAACCUCCAUGGCGUCACCCUCCAUGAGGUCAUCUCUUCCGGCCAUGCACAGGUCUCGAGCUAGACCCCGCAGAAAAUUUUAGACCAUCUGUUUUACUAAUAAUAGUAGUAGCAGCAGCAUAAUAAUACAGGAUUGGCCACAAGGAAAUGAUUUUGGUCUCAUAUUUAACCUUUACUUUCCCUGGUAGUUUUUUCCCUCAAGGUCUUUAAAGAGGCCUUUUGUUUUCUGCCUUCCAGACUAGCUCCGGUGCAUUUUGGAUCCAUUGUUUAGUAGUAUGCUGCAUUGAUCACACAUAAGGCUCUAUUUCUAGCCUUUUUUAUUCAUUUUGUUAAUUAUGAAAACACUAAUGCAAGGAGCUGUAUGAGUAUAUUGUAUGUCAUCGGACGUAAAUGAUGAAAGAUUCAAGCCUCGAUUCUCACAUGGCAAUGAAAAACAAAGUCAUCUUUGUGGCUUUUUCUUUAUAUUCAGAAUUGAAUUCUACUCAUUAUGCUCGUACACAUAUCUUUGCUCUUGUUGCUAGGCAUGUAGGAAUUGUUCCCAAAUUAUUAGUUUCAUAUGAGAUGACGCAAUACUCUGAAAUCUUAGGCCUUUGUAUUUCAAACUUAUUUUUUCCGGUGCAUAGUAUCUAACAGUAUCUUAGGCAGUUCCAUGUUAGUUAGGGAGUUGUCCAGCUUCAUGUAUUUUUGUGUGUCAGAGACAUGAACAUUCAUCGUUUCAUGCCAUAUUAAUUUUUCCUAUACAUCACAAGAGGCGCAACCGUUUCCCAAAUGAGACCGUAACAUUUGUCGUUUCAUGCCAUGCAAAAUAUUCUUAUAAAUUUUUUAUUUGAAUAAGUGCCUCUUAACUACGAUGAAUGAGGAAAUAUAUCUUCCAAGUGUUUAUACGUGCGUUGCACGUGCACGUUUACUAUUCUGUAGAGAACAUGUCUGAUUAUUAUCAUUUUCCCUACACAUAUUCUAUGGAUGUGAAAUAGGAUAAUAGUAGUUAAAUGAUAAUUGCCUUUUUUUGCUUCGUCGUUGUACUACCAGACAAAUAUCAUCAUGCAAAAUAGUUCCUUUUGCAUGUUGCAUUGUGUGUUGCUGAUAAAUAUCUUCUUCACC